ACACAAAAAAAGGAUUUUUGGUGCGUUUUGUGCGCUCGUUUUGCCCUUUAUUACAUGAAACGGUGAUUCUAACCCAUAACCUAGUAAUUUAAUGUGUUUUGUGUACGUUCUAAGUUAACAUAAUUGAUCCUCAAAGCAUUCCGUCCAGGAAAACAUCGAAAGUUUUGUAAUAUAUUUGGUUAAAGACAACCUGAAUUCGGGCGUCGACCGGUUCAUCCCUCCUACCCGUAAUAACCGUUGCGAUUCUGUCAGUCGUGUCAGUCGCAAUCGUAAUUUUGUAGGUGUCGUACCGCGUUUACGGCACAAGACGAUCGUAGGGGUGUCUUAGAAAGCGAGUGUUGUGUGCAGUGUCGGUAGGGGCGUACGUUUAAUGUGGUAUUCAGAGCCGGUUUUAGGUUAUCGCAAGUCGUGUCGCGCGGCGUGAUCAGGCGCGAUGGUGGACAUGGAUAGAAACGACCCGGAGCUCCGGUACCUGUCGGUGGACCGGAACAGCUUCAAUGAUCCGGCCACGCAGGCGGAGUGGACCCAGAAACGCUUGGUGUGGGUGCCACACGACACACAGGGCUUCGUCGCGGCAGGAAUAAAGGGAGAGCGAGGAGAUGAGGUCGAAGUGGAAAUCGCGGAGUCGGGGAAGAGGAUGCUGGUGCCCAUAGAUGACAUCCAGAAAAUGAACCCACCGAAGUUCGACAAGGUGGAAGACAUGGCGGAGCUGACCUGCCUCAACGAGGCUUCUGUCCUGCACAACAUCAAGGACAGAUACUAUUCUGGCCUCAUUUAUACAUACUCGGGGCUGUUCUGUGUGGUGGUGAACCCUUACAAGAAGCUACCGAUCUACACGGAGAAGAUUAUGGAACGGUACAAAGGCAUCAAACGGCAUGAAGUUCCACCACAUGUCUUCGCCAUCACUGACACCGCCUAUCGCUCAAUGCUACAAGAUCGAGAGGAUCAGUCGAUCCUCUGCACAGGAGAAUCUGGUGCGGGUAAGACUGAAAACACCAAAAAGGUUAUACAAUACCUCGCCUACGUCGCCGCCUCUAAACCCAAGGGUUCCGGAGCGGGACCUUCGCCGCAGUUGAUUAUUGGCGAGUUGGAGCAACAAUUGCUGCAAGCUAAUCCUAUUUUGGAAGCUUUUGGUAACGCGAAGACGGUGAAAAACGACAACUCAUCGAGAUUUGGUAAAUUCAUCAGAAUUAACUUCGACGCAUCGGGCUACAUAGCCGGUGCGAACAUCGAAACGUACUUAUUAGAGAAAUCUAGAGCUAUCAGGCAGGCGAAAGAUGAACGGACAUUCCACAUCUUCUACCAGCUGCUUGUUGGCGCGACGCCGCAGCAGAAGGCGGAAUACAUUCUAGAAGAUCCUAAAAACUAUCCUUUCCUCACUAAUGGCUCGCUGCCCGUCCCCGGGAUAGACGAUGCUGCGGAGUUUCAGGCUACGAUCAAGUCGAUGAACAUAAUGGGCAUGAAUAUGGAAGACUUUAAUUCCAUCUUCAGAAUAGUCUCUGCGGUUUUGCUUUUCGGUUCCAUGCAAUUCAAGCAGGAGAGGAACUCUGACCAGGCCACGUUGCCUGAUAACACUGUUGCUCAGAAGAUCGCACACUUGCUUGGUCUUUCAGUAACAGAAAUGACGAAAGCAUUCUUAAAACCACGUAUCAAGGUCGGCCGCGACUUCGUGACGAAGGCACAGACGAAAGAACAGGUCGAGUUCUCGGUGGAAGCGAUCGGCAAAGCUUGCUACGAGCGCCUCUUCAGGUGGCUCGUUAACAGAAUCAAUAGGUCCCUGGACAGGACGAAGAGACAAGGAGCUUCCUUCAUUGGUAUCCUCGAUAUGGCCGGUUUUGAAAUCUUCGAUCUCAAUUCCUUCGAGCAGUUGUGCAUCAAUUACACCAACGAGAAGCUGCAGCAGCUCUUCAAUCACACAAUGUUCAUUUUAGAACAGGAGGAAUAUCAAAGGGAAGGAAUCGAAUGGAAGUUCAUCGACUUCGGACUCGAUUUGCAACCGACGAUCGAUUUAAUCGACAAACCUAUGGGUAUCAUGGCCCUCCUGGACGAGGAGUGUUGGUUCCCUAAAGCCACUGACAAGAGUUUUGUUGAAAAACUCGUGUCGGCGCACUCCGUGCAUCCGAAAUUCAUGAAGACUGACUUCAGAGGUAUCGCAGACUUUGCUAUAAUCCAUUACGCAGGCAAAGUGGACUACUCUGCGUCUCAGUGGCUGAUGAAGAACAUGGACCCUCUAAACGAGAACGUAGUUUCCCUGCUGCAAUCGUCUCAAGAUCCUUUCGUAUGCCACAUCUGGAAGGACGCUGAAAUAGUGGGCAUGGCGCAGCAGGCGAUGACCGACACACAGUUCGGUGCCAGGACUCGCAAGGGAAUGUUCAGGACCGUCUCGCAGCUGUACAAGGAGCAGCUGACAAAGUUGAUGGCCACACUUAGGAAUACGAACCCGAACUUCGUGCGAUGUAUCAUUCCGAAUCAUGAAAAGAAGGCGGGUAAGAUCGAAGCCGCUUUGGUGCUAGACCAGCUGAGGUGCAACGGGGUACUCGAGGGCAUCAGGAUAUGCAGGCAGGGCUUCCCUAACAGGAUACCCUUCCAGGAGUUCAGACAGCGCUACGAGCUGCUGACGCCGAACAUCAUUCCUAAAGGAUUUAUGGACGGCAAGAAAGCCUGUGAACGGAUGAUCGAGGCACUGGAGCUCGACCACAAUUUGUACCGCGUCGGGCAGUCCAAGAUCUUCUUCAGGGCGGGUGUGCUGGCCCAUCUGGAGGAGGAACGCGACUACAAGAUAACGGACCUGAUUGUGAACUUCCAGGCGUUCUGCCGCGGCUACCUCGCCCGCAGGAACUACCAGAAACGGCUGCAGCAACUGAACGCUAUUCGCAUCAUCCAGAGGAACUGCGCCGCGUACCUCAAGCUGAGGAACUGGCAGUGGUGGCGACUCUACAUUAAGGUGAAGCCACUUCUAGAAGUGACGAAGCAGGAGGAGAAGCUGACGCAGAAGGAGGACGAGCUCCGUCAGAUCAGGGACAAGCUGGACAACCAGAUGAAGCGGUGCCAGGAGUACGAGCUGAAGUACCAGGCCGCUAACCAGGAGAAAACGCAACUCGCCGAACAAUUGCAGGCUGAGUUGGAGCUGUGCGCGGAGGCGGAGGAGAGCCGGGCGCGCGCGGCCGCCAGGAAGCAGGAGCUGGAGGAACUGCUGCACGACCUGGAGGGCCGCAUCGAGGAGGAGGAGGAGCGCUGCAACUCGCUGCAGCAGGAGAAGAAACGCCUCCAGCUCAAUAUACAGGACCUGGAGGAGCAGCUGGAGGAGGAGGAGGCGGCGAGGCAGAAGCUGCAGCUGGAGCGCGUGCAAUGCGACGCCAAGCUUAAGAAGUUGGAGGAGGACCUGGCGCUCAGCGACGACACCAACCAAAAACUCCUCAAGGAGAAGAAGAUUUUGGAGGAGCGUGCGACGGAUUUGUCGCAAGCGCUGGCGGAGGAAGAGGAGAAGGCUAAACACCUCAGCAAGCUGAAGACGAAACAAGAGUCUGCUAUUGCUGAACUUGAGGAGAAACUGCUCAAGGACCACCAGCUGCGGCAGGAGGUGGACCGCGCCAAGCGCAAGCUGGAGACGGAGCUGCAGGACGUGCGCGAGCAGCUCGCCGAGCGCCGCGCGCAGCUCGACGAGCUGCAGGCCGUCCUCAGUAUGUUAUAUUCUACUCACCAUAGCUAUUUAUUAAUUACGAGCUUAUGCCCGGGAUUAUUCCCAACCGUCACCCCGCUCUCUCAACAAGAGCUGCGUUCGAAGCGCGAGCAGGAGGUGGCGGUGCUGAAGCGCAGCCUGGAGGAGGAGGCGGCUUCGCACGAGGCCUCGCUCUCCGACCAGCGCCACAAGCACUCACAGGAGCUGCAGCUCCUCAACGAACAGCAUGAACAGAUCAAGAAAGCUAAAGCAGUGCUGGAGAAGGCGAAGCAGGCGCUGGAGGCGGAGAACGCGGACCUGGCGACGGAGCUGAAGAGCGCGGCGGCGGCGCGGGCGGAGGGCGAGCGCCGCCGCAAGCAGGCGGAGGCGCAGCUGGCGGACCUCGCCGCCAAGCUGCAGGACGUCGACCGCUCCAGGGCGGAGGUGUUGGAGAAGUGCCAGCGGCUACAGGGCGAGGCGGAGCAGGCGCUGCUGCAGCUGGAGCAGGCUGAGCUGAAGGCCUCCGCCGCCCUCAAGCAGGCAGCCACAGUGGGUGCGCAGCACGCUGAGGCUCAGGCGCUGCUAGAAGAGGAGACGAAGCAGAAGUUGUCGCUGCAGACGAGGCUGCGCAAUGUGGAGCAGCAGUUGGAGCAGGCGCGUGACCAGUUAGAUGAGGAGGAGGAGGCCAAGAAGAACCUCGAGAAACAAGUGGGCGCACUUACACAACAAGUGGUGGAGGCCAAGAAGAAAGCGGAGGAGGAGGCGGAGGCGGCCGCCGCGCUGGAGGAGCAGCGCAAGAAGCUCAGCAAGGAUGUGGAGGCGCUGCACCGACAGAUCGACGAGCUGCAGCAGGCCAACGAUAAGCUCGACAAGAGCAAGAAGAAGGUGCAGGCGGAGCUGGAGGACACAAAUAUCGAGCUGGAGGCACAGCGCGCCAAGGUGCUAGAGCUCGAGAAGAAGCAGAAGAGUUUCGACAAGGUGGUGGCGGAGGAGCGCGCGGUGGCGGAGCGCAACGCGGCCGACGACCUGCUGGAUGAGCUGGCAGCCGCCGCGGCCAAGAACACAUGUCUCGUAGACGAGAAGAAGCGGCUGGAAGCCAGGAUAUCAGCUCUGGAGGAGGACCUGGACGAGGAGCAGUCCAACAACGAGAUACUUAACGACAGGUUGCGGAAAUCACAGAACCAGAUCGACCAGCUGACGAUGGAGCUGGGCACGGAGAAGGCGGCCACGCAGAAGAUGGAGAGCGGCAAGCUGGUGCUGGAGCGGCAGAACAAGGAGCUGAAGGCCAAGCUGGCGGAGCUCGAGACCGCGGGACGCACCAAGACCAAGGGUGUGAUAACGUCGCUGGAGCUGAAGGUGUCCAACCUGGAGGAGCAGCUGGAGGCGGAGUCUCGCGAGCGGCUAGCCCAGCAGAAGGCCUCGCGCAAGCUGGACAAGAAGAUGAAGGAGCUGCUGCUGCAGCUGGAUGAGGAGCGUCGCCAUGCGGACCAGUACAAGGAGCAGAUCGAGAAGAUGAACACGCGCGUGAAGACGCUGAAGCGGCAGCUGGACGAGGCGGAGGAGGAGGUGCAGCGCGAGAAGGUCGGCAAGCGCAAGGCGCAGCGCGAGCUCGAGGACAUGCUCGAGACGCACGAGACGCUCGCGCGCGAGUGCUCCAACCUGCGCAACAAGCUGCGACGGCAAGGAGGAGGUAUCGGUCUGUCAGGGGCGUCGUCAUCGUCUCGUCUGAAGCGCACCUCGCUGGCGCCCGGCGCCGGCUCCGGGGACGAGUCCUUCGAUGAUGUCAAUGACACCACCAACAGCGUCGAGUGACCUCGCAGCCCCGCCCACACCCGCUAGCCCCGCCCCAGCCACCCCCCAGCCACGCCCCAGCCACGCCCACACGGCUAGUUCUACUUUAUUUGCAAGUAAAUUGUUAUUCCGUUGCGCAUUUAAUAUUUAUAAAGCGAGGCUCGUGUUAUUCGGAUUUUAAGUCAAUGUUUUGUAACUAAAAAUUUGUAAUUUUGAAGAAAUACAAAUUUCCGUGUAAUCUUUCGAACAUCAUGCGGUUGGUAAUUUUUGGUUCUGUAAAAAACAGGUUUUUAAUGUAUUUUAAAUGUUUUUUUCAAAUACAAAAUUAAUGCUUCAAUUAAAUUAUAUAAGUUUUGUAAAUAUUUGGUUUAUGAUUUUUUCGUCUGAAUUUUCUAAAAGUGGCGUUAGGACGUUAAGUAUAAUUUCAUUAGUUAUUUGCAAUAUUUGAAUGUUGGUGUUAUAUACUUAACCAAUUAUAUGUGUGUCUAAACCCUGUCAUUUCGUUUUGUACAAUCGAUUAUGUUCGAUAUAUAGUUGUCAAAUGGGGUCGAUAUAUAUUUAAUUUUUUAAUCUACAUGUCACUAUAGUUAAGUUUUCGCUUUGUAUUGUUAAAAAUCGUGUCAUUUUAUGAAUUUGGACGUGAAGUUUUUAGAAUGUUUUACAAUUUAACUGGAAUAUUGUGGGUGCUCAGGAUAUACGGAUGCAUUUACACCAUACAUGUAUGUCUCAUCGAACGGUGUCAUGUCAAAUGUGCCAAAACGUCAGACAAACCGUGCACUCUGUGGUUAUCGCUAAUUAUUAAUAAUGACUGCAAUUUUUCAAUGAAAAAAAUCAUUUUUACGAUUAAUUACAAGCUAAAUUUAUUAAGAUUUUCACUAACUUUAUUUCUGUAAUUGUCAUUUUUCUAUAUUUUCAUGUUAGAUGCUAAAUAACAGUUUUAUCAGUAUAAAUAUGUAUUAUACUGUUGUGCUGCAGUAGGUGAGAGCCGAGUGCUCGCCAACUGGAGCAGUAUUAACUAGACAUUCCUAAACAAUCGAGUUUUCGAAUUUUUACCUAGACUUAGUCGAUCGGGUAGAUGUUAAAUUACUCAUUGGGUGAUAUAGUUUAAAUUAAAAAAAGUAUUAUAAACAUUGUGACAGGAAUUCACUUUUUGGAUGCAUUUUUAUCUACGCGACUUGAACAAAACUUUUAGGGGUUCGAAUUUUACAUAUGUUAACCCUUAAUCAAAUAUUUAAAGACAAUAAUUUCCUAUUUGACUUUAAAGUAUUUUUUUUCUCUAUUGCUAAACUAUAAUCAGUACAAGGAAUAAAAACCUUUACUUAAGUCACCAGUUUAGUUUUUUUUUAAUCUCUUGUUUGAUGAAGGGUUAAAAUAUUUUCUAUUCUGUUCACCUUAUAAGCUUGUGUUCUUCCUGAUAGACUGGUUCAGCAUUCUAAUUUGAUUUUUAUACAGCAUGUUCAGAUGCAUUUUUUUAAUUUUAUCAACAGUUUGAACACCAUUUGUAGUUGUUCUUGUGCAUUAGUAUUUCGUCUGAGCAUGCUCAGUAAACGGACACCUACAAGAAUAAAUGUAAAUAAUAUCAGUGUGAACCACUGAGCGCUUAGUUGCCAUACACAUUUUAUUCAUAGUUAAGUAAGGACAUAAACUUUGGUGUAACGGAAUUCGUCGUGAAUUUUCCAACAGAGAUGUCGUAUCUUUUCAAAUCCGACGAGUUUCGUAUAAGAUAUUGUAACUUUCACUUAUAUUUGUUUUUCGAUGUAAAUUAGCUUCCACGGAACUUGUAUCGCCCUUGUCGCGGAGGUCUCGGCUCGCUUCUCUAGUGUUAGUAACACAUUUUGUAAUAAAUUGUGGCCUUAGGAUUUUUACUAGGGACAAAGCGUCCCGGAUCGGAUUCCUAAAACACCAAUUGGAUGGGAAAAAGUAUCUUUGCGAUGUUUUAUAUAACUAUAUUAUACCGAAGUCUUAAUUAUUGUAAUGACCUCGACUUUAUUACAUAGUUUUUUUUUCUGAAUAAUAAUAUAAAAAAUUAAAUGUAAGUAAACCAUUGAAGCAUAAACCUAUUUUACAUAAAUAUUAUAUUUAAUUAUUAACAAUAUUGAUAAUUGUAAAAUUGGCCAUAGGUUGUAACAAGUUAUCAGUUGGUAUGCCAAUUAAACAAUUUUUCAUGAUUUUUAAAA